GGCGAGUUACGACUACUUUUUUUCCAGAAAAAAGGAAGCAAAAGGCAAUCGGUGGUGCCAGUGGAACGAAGCAAAGAUAGUCGAUGAGCGAUGGACUAGCGAUCUCUCCAGGCGCUUUGCAUGGAUCUUCUUAUCGGUCGUGAAAAAGGAUUAGUCAGACAAUCCCUAAUCAAGAAUACACUGUACGACGAACGUUUGGAAACUUUGCGCAUUCUUCGUAAGCAUCACAUCGAAAAUGUCUCCGCUGCCGUAUCUUGUAUGGCGAUCGACAGAGUGGAGAAUUCUUUUUUAUUGUGUGGUGGCAUCUCAGGAGCACUCUACUUAUCUAACCUCCUAGUAAGCGAUUUUUUUGGUGGAGAGAGGAAAGAAAAGUUAACCCUGCCAGCGUCUUUCAGUCAUAAACAUUUUGUCACUGGCUGUCAAUGGUAUCGAGAUAUCCGUCUUUUCGUUUCUACGAGCUCAUCUGGAGAACUUACGGCUUGGGAUCUGACUAGUCUUAGCGCUCUAGAGACCUACAAUGUGUGUGAGAGUGGAAAGUGGCGCCCUCAGCUACACUGGAAUGAAGUUGAUAAAACCAAUCCUCUUAUUGCUAUCACCAAUGGGUCCAACAACGUUCCUUUAUACGAUUUGAGGGUUGGCGGGUUGGCUCAAGAAGUGCGUACGAAAAGGAAGACAGUAAGAGCAGUACGAUGGCUGCCGUCUAAACACCACAUCUUGUUUUGCGGUGACAAUAAUGGUUUGCUUUCUGUGUGGGAUGUGAGAAGCAACCGAUCGGCUUUGGCAUCAAGACUCAUUAGACCCGGCAACAGCAUCAGAGGAAUUCGGGUGACAUCGGAUGGGAAUCAUUUGAUUUUGGUUUUUUACAAUGGUGAAGUUAUUCUUUGCGAUGCCGUUACGAUGAAGGAACUAGCAAUGUAUCAGAUCCACCGACAUAGGCAAUGGACCGAGAAGAUGUCAAAUGCUCUAGAUCAUUUUGCCAUAAGUGAUGAGGGUACUUCAGUCAGAGUGGCGCUCCCCGUUGGCGAUGACAUUGACUGGAUACGCUUUUCUAGAGGAUUUCGAGAAGAACAAAGUGUAACGCUCACUUCCACGCUAUCCGCACAUUUGUCCCGGGUUAAUGCUUGCGUUUAUCGUUAUGGGUCCCAACAGCUUUACACUGCCGGAGCGGAUCGAAAUGUGUUAUGUUGGGCUCCAGAAUGUGAAAGGAAACGUUUGCAACUUGAAGCUGAGUCGGUAAAAGUCUCUGCAAUCACGAACGAUGAUUGGAGUGAUGACGACUGAUGCUCAGUGGACUAAAGAGAUACUUCUGUUGGUUAUAAAGGAUCUCAAUAUCUCUUUGCUACACUUUUACUGUAAAUAUCGUACAUUGUCUGAUAAUAUCAUGUUGACUAUGCACAUCAUCAACUUACUGGGUAUAGAGGUGUUUAGCUAUAGGCUGUGGCUCAGGUAUUUAUUCUUUUCAUUUAUAAUAUUUAGAGAUGUAUUUUUUGUAAUAAACUCCACGAUGU